AUGUUUAGUAAAAAGCCCCAAAGUGAAAAUAAAGAUAGCACAUACAUUGUAAAAAAUCUAUACAGUGAAAAUGAGCUUAAAAAAGUUACACAGGAUUACUUAAGUGAGGAAAUAAGAAACCUGAAUAUAUAUGAAAAUGUUAAAUAUUCAAACAUUAGGAUUCUAUUAUCUAUAAUCCUGAUAAUUAUUGGAGGAUAUUGUUGUAUUUUUGUCAAUCACAAAAAUGAGCCAAUACUUAUGAUACAAUUUCUGGCUGCUUUUUUUUCUAUAUCAAUAAUAUUAUACAUUUGGGAAUAUUUUUAUUUUGAAGACUAUUUCAUGAUAAUAGAAACGAAUGAUAACAAAGCAGUAAAACUAUUCUUAAAAUUCGAUAUCAAGACGAGCUGUCUUAUUUUAAAUUACAAAUUAAAUAAAACAGUAUAUUCUACACCUUUUGAGUUGAUGAAAUUAUAUAAUGAACAAGGGUACCUUAUGGAAGAUUAUGCACGCCACACAUUAAAGCAAUUCAUUUCAAAUCAUGGGAAAAAUUUUAAAUUAACAAAUAAAAAAUAA